AUGGCUGAUAAAUUUCCAGAAAUCGAUGCAUCGGGAAACGAUGGCGACUUUGGCGGAUCGGAUUUCUUGUCUCGUGAAAAGGAACUAGUGGGAGACGAAUUCACCACGGAUCAAGACAAGAGUGUCUUGCAAGAAGAAGAAAGCGACGAUGAAAUCAAUGAGUUUAAGGAGCAGUUUCCUGAAUUUGAACACAGCGCACCAGCGGGAAAAGUCGGGCAAGGUGAUGAGAAAGAGGGGAAAAACGGGGAGGAGGAGGAGGAAUUUGAGGGUUUUUCGUCUGGGUCGAAGGAUCUUUCCUCGUCUGAGCCGAUAAAGGAGUGGAAACAACGCAGAGACUUGGAGAUUGAAGAGCGUGAAAAAGUCAGCAGGCAAAAGAAGCAGGACUUGUUAGCGAAAGCGCAGCAAACCAUUGAUGAUUUCUAUGAAAAUUACAAUUUGAAGAAGGAAAAACACUCGCAAACGGUUGUCUCUGAGCAGGAGAAGUUCUUGGCCAAGAGAGACGGGUUUUUGAAAAACGGCACGUUGUGGGAUAGAGUCAAUGAGUUGAUUGACAAUGUUGGCGAAUUGAGCAAGAAUGAUAGCGAGGCGGAGAGUCUGAGGGACAAGACGAGGUUCAAGGAGAUUUUGAAGAAGUUGAAGGGGAAAGCCGACGUUCCCGGUGCUGGUGGAUAUCAAGAAUAG